AUGGUUUCAAACAGACAUACAGAACUUACAGAUUUGGAAGCAUUUAUUUCUCGCAGUAAUAACGAAAUAACAAUGAUCUUGCAGAGCUUACAAUGGAAUCGGCAGAUUUUAGUUUCUAACGCUGAAAUUGAAACUUGUGCUUACGACACUGCACACAAAAUAUCUACCAAAAAAUCUAAGGAACAUGAAGAGCAAUGCUGGUUAAGAAUCCAGGGUUACGCUCAAGAGGAAAAGUUAUUGCCGGAACCUCUGAAUUCGAAUGCUCAAGCAAUUGUUAAACUAAAUUCAAAAGAUAUUAACUUGAUAAUAGCAAAUGCUUCUAAGAAUGAUCCAGCAUUUAAAAAAGGCAAUGUUUGGGAUGGACCUGCACCACUUACCUUGGAGCGUCUACAAGCAACAUAUACAGGAGAUGAACGCCGUGCAAUAUAUGAUGCUGUUGUUGCAUCGGAUCCAACUAGCCAUGACAUUUCUGACUUAGCAUUAAAUGAUGUCAAUGAAGUGAAAACCGAAAAAAAGGCAAAGUCGCGCAUCGAAAUACUUUCGGAACUGCGUGACAUGCGGCGGCGACGCACAAAGUAUCGCGUUGCUGCUAAAACUAAGAAGUACUCUGAUGUUUUACGCGACGUCAUAAGAACUCAGAUGGAGAUGUACACUGGCAUUCUUAAUGAGCAGGAGGAAACUGUAGAAAAAACAAUCCAUGACAAGAAUCUCCAUGAUGAAAUCAAAAGAGAAAGGAGUUUAUCACUUGAAAGACUUAAUAGAAAAAAACAAAUGUUUUAUUAUGAAAAUAAACCAAAUUUUUCAGGAAGAUCUAUAGAUACAAGACAUGAAAGCAAGAGGAAUACAUACUCUUCACGGACAAAAAGGGAUAUUCAUAAUGUUGAAACAUAUAGACGAGACAAAUAUAAUGAAAGACAUAGUAGUAGGCAUAAUGUUAGAGAUAAAAGUCGUGAAAAUUUGGAUCAUUUUAGAGAACACGAGAGGAGUAGGUAUCAAGACAAAUUACACAACAGAAAUAAACAGGAUGAUUAUAAAAGAGAAAAUAGGCACAAAAGAGGUAUGAAUGGUGAGAGAUGCAGAGAUGAGUCAAGGAAACCUGACAAUUUUAGGCAAGAAUAUAAGAAUCACUCCUAUGCUGCUGGAAUACAUCAAAUGAAGAUCAAAGAAGAAAAUAAAAGUUAUGAGGAUAAAUAUGAAUCCGGUUAUAACAGAACUUUAGAAAUUAACACCAUUAGGAUAAAAGUCGAAAAGGAAUAA